UAUUUGAUGGGAUUUGAGCAGCCACAGAUUUUGGUAUCUACAGGGGUUUCUGGAACCGAACCAAGGGUCCACUGUACAUCCAAUCAACAUUGUCCUCUGUUUCUUCACCAGCUGUCAAUAGUUGGUCUGCUUCACAAAAUUCAGUUAUAUCGAUACAAGAGUAUGCUUGUGUAAAUUGACCCAUAAUAAUAAUUAUUACUCCUGAUUUCUGUCCUUACAGUUAUGAGAACAGAUUAAAACCUCCCUUCACUUAGGGCAAAGAAUUGCCUUCUGCCCAGUGACACCACUGACCCAUCUCACUCAAUAGCAUCUGUUUUGGAUGGUAGCAAGUAUCCAAACUUUAAUAUAUAAAUCUUGCUCAUCCCUGCUUCUGGAGCUCCUGUAAUUGGAAUUAGUUGGAAUUCUCUGAUUCUAUGAAUAUGUACAUUUAGUGAAGGAAAUAUUUUUUGUUAGCCAGGGAGAUGAAUAACUGCGUUCCAAAGAGGUUUUUUAAACUAGACAUCACUUCUACUGUCAAAUUACUCAUGGGAGAGUGUGCCAAAGGGUAGAGGUCACCUGCUGAAUAGGGACCGUCUUUGUAAUCUUGACUGACAGUGUUCUCUUGGCUGUGGGGCAACCCAUAAGUGCUCUAGUGAAUAUCUUUGGGAAUAACUGGACUCAUACAGUGGAAGGUGGCUUGGUAAGUGUCCUGGUCCUGAGGUGGUUUAGGCUUUGUACCAGCAAAACCUCAAAUGUGGCUAUAUAUACUCGACUAUAAAUUGAAAAAUGUAUGCCCAAAAAUUGACCCUAAAAUCUGGGGUCGACUUAUAUAUGGGUCACUACAGUAAUAAUGCUUACCUUAUAUACUCAACUAUAAGUCGACCUCAUGUAUACGUCGAGGUCAUGUUUUGGGGCCAAAAUUAUGGAUUUUGCCAUGACCAUGGAUAGGUUGAGGGAAUUUUACUUCUUCUCUGCUCCAAUAAAGUGUCUCCUGGAACUUCUAGGAAGACAUGCAGUCGGUUCUCCAUAUCCAUGAAUUCUGUGUCCACCAAUUCAACCAUCCAUGGCUUGAAAAUAUUUAAAAAUAUAUAUGCAUUUCACAAAGCAAACCUUGAUUUUGCUAUUUUAUGUAAGCGACACUAUUUUACUGUUCCAUUGUAUUUAAUGGGGGCUCCUUUAGUGUGUGUAUGGCAAGAGAGACUCUCAUUGAAGCUUUUUGCUUCAUCGUUUCAGCCAGAUGUCUGGGCGGGAGAUGAACUCUUAAACAAACAGCAAUAUCAACCAGUCACCAGGUCUCUUUCAGCUUGGCGCAAGAGAGAAAUAAACUCCUCUCUGCACCACAUGGGGAAAUCCGAAAGAGCUGCUAUCACAUCAUCAUAGUGACCCAUAAAUACGUUGACCUGGCAUUUGAGGGUCAAUUUUUGGACAUAGGUUUUUUGACUUAUAGAGGAGUAUAUGCGGUAAGUCCUGAAAGAGGUCAUGCCCUGAUGCCCCGCUCUACCUGUCUUGGCAGUGUUUUCCUGCCCAGGCAGGAGUAUGUGUGUGAAAGAGGUGAUUUUCAUCCACUUCUAAAUCAAAUGUUAAAACCUUUUCUCCCCGUUUUUCUCUGGAUUUCCUCUGACCAGGGAUCAUUCCAUUUCCCUCCAUUUCCUUCCUUCUCAACCUGAUGUUCAAACCUUCUCCCCUAAAUUCUAACCUCGUCUUAUCUACAGGUCACAUCAAAAUCCAUGAUUUUGGCCCUAAAACCUUCCCUUGACUUAUACAUGAGAUCAAGUGCUACAAACAGCAAAGGUUGUUUGCAAUUAAAUUAAGUCAACUGUCAGGAGAAUGGAGGUAACGGAGGAACCCUGUCCUUCCCACUAGGCUCAGGCAAAAGCAAGCUGCUGCACCCUCUUCUAGCUUGUGUGUGCUUCCUUAUUAAUAAUAGGCAUUUAAAACAGAAGGCUUUUAAAGACUGGGCUGGGUGUUGUAUUCUUUUAAACACUUUUGACUCUUUAACGAUAUUCUUUUAUAUGCAGUCUGUUUUAAUAUUGUAAUAAUUUAAUUCUAUUUUAAUGCAACACUUUUCUAUGUUUUUAAUUGCAUUGUUUUUAAUCUUGUAAGCCUGAGUCCCAGUUUUGAGGAAAGGGUAGGAUAACAACAACAACAACAAGUUGUACACAGGGAUAUAUGGUAAUAAGCAACCGGUGUAAUUCUUUCAGUACAGGUGUAAUAUGUCCAUAGGUCAGUACACCAGUAAGUAUCCUAGUUGCUGCAUCCUGCUUUAGCAGUAGCUUUUCAAACCAAGGGCCUCUCACAUAUACAGUACAGUAGCCAUGCAGUUACUUACCAGUGCAUGAAUUGUUGUAGCCAGGCAAGCCCUGUGUAGUGAAAGACUUAGUUGGUGCACCAGCUAAAGCUGGUAAUGGAUGUUCCAUGCCACUGAGAUCAUCUGGGCAUUCAGUGAUAGAAAUGGAUCUAGGACUAUCCCAAACUAUGGCGCCUGUAUCCUUAUGUGGACUAUAACGCCAUUUAGAAUAACUAAACAACCUAAAUCCUGAACCUGGGAAAGUCCAGUCACACAAUCUCUGUUUCAGCAGGAUUCAUUUUCGUUCUGCUAAUCUUUAUCCAGCUCGUAAUUGCAUUUAGGUGCUGAGUCAGAGUGUUUUUGGCUUCUCUUCAUUCAGAUGUUACAGAGAAGUAGAAUUGGGUGCCAUACACUGAUGACACCUUGCUCCAUAUCACCUAAUGAAUGGUCCUAACAGCUUUGGCUGCAUCUACACUGCCCAAUUAUAGCAGUCUGAUACUGUUUAACUAUAAUGGCUCUAUCCUAUAGAACCCUGAGCUUUGUAGUUUGAUGAGGAACUUCAGAAUUCUCUACUACACUUCCCUUAGCUAUAAUAUUGUUCUGUUCUAAAGUAGCUAAAGUGGUAUCAAAGUGCUAUAAUUGUUGUAGUAUGGAUACAGCCUUCGUAUAGCUAUGAAACAACAAAGGAGAAUGUCCUGUAGCUCUCCAUUGUUCAGCAGCCAUAGGACUAGGGUACAUUCAACCAGUGUUCUUAUCUGGGAUUAAUCACACAGAUAGGAGCCAGUCCACCUUAAAACCCUGUCCCUGCCUCACAGAGAUGGUCCAGAAUGAUGCUGUGGCCAGGGGCAUGAAAAAUUGCUGGAGAUCUAAAAGGAGCAAAAGAACCACAAUUUUUCUCACUUGAUGGCAUAUUUUGUAAAGAAAACCCACUCCUUACCCAACCUUAUUCUUAGUAUUAUACAGCAUGGAACAUGUUAAUUUUUGAGGUGGGAUUAGUAGUCCAAUGAGAAUUUUAAAUCCCCCUCUCUAAACUGCUAGUUCCAUGAUUCCAUAGGAUGGAACCAUGGCAGUUAAAGUGGGAUCAUAGUGUUAUAAUUCUGUAGUGCGAAUGGGCCUCAGGUCUACCCUCUGAGGAGGCCUUUCACAUUAAUCCUUAGUCAUUGCAGAGAGCUGCCCUGUGACAGGGAUUACCCCUAAUUACUAAGGUAUUACAACUCGCUGUACUCAGUACCUGUUCUGGCCAGAGUUCAGGGAUACCUGCACCCAUGCUUACCAACAUGUUGUAAGGUUAAGCCUUGCACUGAGGGAAAAUGCCAUAUUGGUGAGACAUUGAUAAAACUAAGUUCCACUUGUGGACUAGUUUAGUAGUGUGAGUCAGUGCAGUUCUUCUGUUGGCUACUGUCUUUGUCCUGUUCUGGCUGCCUGUUUCCCUGCAGGACAUGAAGCAAGGCUUGGAAAGACUUAAGACCACGAGUUCUCAAGCAGUUUAUGCCGCCAAGCUUUUGCACACUGACAUGGGUGCUGUAUACGGUUAUUUUAUAGGAGUUUUUUUAAAAAGAAUUUAAAAUUUUAAUAAUGUAAUGAUUUUAAUCUUUUGAAAUUGUUUAAUUGCUUUUUAAACGUCGUAUUUUUAAUCUUUCAUACUGUUUUAACUUAGAUUGUUUUAAAUUUUGUUAGCCAUCUUGAGUCCUUAUACUGGGAGGUAGGUGUCAUAUAAAUAAAUAGAAUAAUAAGAAUAAGAAUAAGAAUGAUGAUGAUGAUGAUGUAGCCCUGUAUUUUUGUGGGGGAUCCAUUCCAGACACAAAAACAGAAGAUCGCUGAUAUUCAAGCCAAAAUUGCCGAUAUUCAAGCCAAUAUUGAAUGGCGGCGUGUCCCCCAUUUUGUCCCCCUCCAUUUGCCUCCCGCGAACAGGUGAGGUACCAAGUCUGUGAAAACAGAGGGGCGACUGUAUUAUGUCCUGGCUAAUGUUGACUGUAGAAGUUGUGAUGGAGGACCUAGAGAUCCCUCCUAAAGAGGUGUCUCUCGGUAAAAAAGUGUUUUUUAUUUGCGUUUUUUACGUUGUCACAGGGGUCCUGUGCCCCUAACCUCAGCAAAUAUGGAGGGCCCACUGUAUAUGCCUUCAAGUCACUUUCUGAACUUCAUAAUGUUUCUUGGGGGUUUUCUUAGGCAAGGAGUAUUCAGAGUGGUGUUUGCCAGUCCCUUCUGCUGAAAUAUAGCCUACAGCCCAUUAUUUGGGAUGGAGGGGAAGGGGAAGGGAGGGGGCAUCAAGGAGACUCUGUUCUUCUUGCCAGCAUUGUUCUGGCCAGAGUUUGCAGUUUCCUGGCAACCAUAAGUCCCUUUUAGGUUUUAUUAUGCUGUUAAUUAAGACUAAUGAAGAUGACUUUAAACUGUUUUAAGGGUGAAGAAAGGGAAAGGCAUUAUUAGGGCAGCUUUCCAGAGUCUAAUGUUUAAGAGAUCAUGGUCAACCUACUAAAUCUCUGUGCCUCUUUCUUUUGGCAUCCUUUGCAAGGGGUCCUUGUUCUGAAUAAUGCGGUGGUGGUUCUUUUGAAACUCAGCAGGUUAUCACCAUGUAACCUAGUCUUUAUGCCUGAGCUGGGAGUGUUUAUAGAUGCUGGGCUGGUUGGUGCAGUCAGGAUACAGAGUGCAAAAAGGGGCAGUGGCUGUUUUGAAACAUUGUUGGGGGCAGUGCAGUUGCAGUGUAGGUGGGAUGGGACCUGGGGCAUACGAAGAAAGAAGGGGCAAAGAAAUUCUGUAAUGAGCAGAGAUUUUACUUCCAGGUACAAAAAGCUGGCUGCAUUGAUGCUAGAUAACUAACACUACCUUCUUUCUCCACAUUUUUUUCUGUAUAUAACAGGGAUGGGAAUCAGGCGGCCCUGCAGAUGUUGUUGAAUUGCAACUGCCAGCAGCCCUGACUAGCAAAGCCAAUGUUGCAUCUGACAGCAGUUCCAAGGGAGACAUGGUUUGGAAAAAACCUUGGCCUCCUUACUUCCACUGUGAGUUGAGUUUCCCCUAGCCCCUGCCAGUUGUCAUGUCGAAGUUAAAGUGCUCAGAGUCAGUCAGAGUGGUGGUACGAUGCCGACCAAUGAACAGCAAAGAGAAAGUGGCUUCCUAUGAACAAGUGGUGGGGGUUGAUGUCAAAUUAGGGCAAGUAUCAGUGAAGAAUCCCAAGGGAACUUCUCAUGAGCUGCCAAAGACAUUCACCUUUGAUGCUGUUUAUGACUGGAAUUCAAAACAGUUUGAACUCUAUGAUGAGACCUUCCGGCCUCUGGUGGACUCAGUGCUGCAGGGGUUCAAUGGAACCAUUUUUGCCUAUGGGCAAACUGGGACGGGGAAAACAUACACGAUGGAAGGACUGCGUGGUGAUCCUGAGAAGCGAGGGGUCAUCCCCAAUUCCUUUGAUCACAUCUUCACACACAUCUCCAGGUCUCAGAACCAGCAGUAUCUGGUAAGGGCUUCCUAUUUGGAGAUCUACCAAGAAGAAAUCAGGGACUUGUUAUCAAAAGAUCAGUCCAAGAGACUCGAGCUGAAGGAGAGGCCGGACACAGGAGUGUAUGUAAAAGAUUUGUCCUCUUUUGUCACAAAGAGCGUGAAGGAAAUAGAGCACGUUAUGAACGUGGGGAACCAGAACCGCUCAGUGGGGGCCACCAAUAUGAACGAGCACAGCUCCCGCUCCCACGCCAUUUUUGUCAUCACUAUUGAAUGCAGCGAAGUUGGGCUUGAUGGGGAGAACCACAUACGUGUAGGGAAACUUAACCUGGUGGACCUUGCAGGCAGUGAGCGUCAGUCUAAAACUGGGGCCCAAGGAGAGAGAUUGAAAGAAGCAACCAAAAUUAACCUCUCCCUCUCGGCUCUGGGCAAUGUCAUAUCUGCCCUCGUGGACGGCAAAAGCACUCACAUUCCCUAUCGGGACUCAAAACUGACUAGGCUCCUUCAGGACUCAUUAGGUGGCAAUGCCAAGACUGUGAUGGUGGCUAACAUUGGCCCCGCCUCAUAUAAUGUGGAUGAGACCCUCACCACUUUGCGAUAUGCCAACCGUGCCAAAAACAUCAAGAACAAACCAAGAGUGAACGAAGAUCCCAAGGAUGCCCUGCUGCGGGAGUUUCAAGAGGAAAUUGCACGGCUCAAGGCUCAGCUGGAGAGACGGUCUGUUGGCAAGAGGAAGAAGAAAGAUCAGAGGAGGGAGGGAGGUGUUGGUGCAGGGGAUGAGGAAGAGGAGGAGGAUGAGGAUGGGGAAGAUGGUGAAGAAGAAAGGGGCAACAAAGAUGAUUAUUGGAAAGAGCAACAGGAAAGGCUGGAGGUAGAGAAAAGGGCGAUCCUAGAGGAUCACAGCUUGGUUGCCGAGGAGAAGAUGAGGUUGCUCAAGGAGAAGGAGAAGAAGAUGGAAGAUCUGAAACGCGAGAAAGAAGCAGCUGAAAAAUUGGGGGCCAAAAUCAAGGCAAUGGAAAGCAAACUGCUUGUAGGAGGGAAAAAUAUUGUUGAUCACACAAAUGAGCAGCAGAAGAUCUUGGAACAAAAGCGGCAAGAGAUUGCUGAGCAGAAACGACGGGAACGAGAAAUUCAACAGCAGAUGGAAAGCAGAGACGAAGAGACCCUGGAGCUGAAGGAGACAUAUAGCUCCCUGCAGCAAGAAGUGGACAUUAAAACUAAAAAACUGAAAAAACUGUUUUCUAAGCUGCAGGCUGUGAAGGCUGAAAUCCAUGACCUUCAAGAAGAACACAUCAAAGAACGGCAAGAAUUGGAGCAGACCCAGAAUGAGCUCACACGGGAAUUGAAGCUAAAACACCUGAUUAUUGAAAAUUUUAUUCCUUUGGAAGAGAAAAACAAGAUUAUGAACAGAUCUUUCUUUGAUGAGGAAGAAGACCAGUGGAAACUGCACCCUAUCACCCGCUUGGAGAAUCAACAGAUGAUGAAAAGGCCAGUGUCAGCAGUGGGAUACAAGAGACCCCUGAGCCAACACGCUCGGAUGUCCAUGAUGGUCCGACCAGAGACCCGAUACAGGGCAGAAAACAUUGUGCUUUUGGAACUGGAUAUGCCUAGCCGGACGACCAGAGACUAUGAAGGCCCAGCCAUCGCUCCUAAAGUCCAGGCAGCGUUGGAAGCAGCUUUGCAGGAUGAAGAUGAGAUUCAAGUGGAUGCUUCUACUUUUGAGAGUACUUCGAACAAGAAAUCAAAAUCCAGGCCGAAAACUGGAAAGAAAACUGGAGGCUCUUCCUCCAGCAGCUCAGGCCCUCAGCUCUACCCUCAGUCCCGUGGGCUGGUCCCCAAGUAACGCCAGCAGUUCCUUCUUAUCAGGGCCCGGGUAACGUUUUGCCUUUCGAGAACCGAGGCAAAUAAGAACCAAGGGGAACUGAUGGCCAAACUCACCAAGGAUUCCUUUGGAACUGAAGCAGUGCCCUUCCCGCUCUGGAACUGAACUAAUGGUUGUUGAGCAGGGUGAGUUCCAGGUGGACCUCUCUGCCCUGCAUGAUGCGAUUUAUUUUCUCCUUGGCAAUUUCUACGAGGAAAAGAGACGUUAGUUAAGGAAUCAGAAAUGCAUGAGGUAUAUUAGUAUGUGUUAGAAGCAGUGAGAACCAUGACAGGGAGGGCAGUCCCCUCACCACAUUUGCCCCCUCCUCUCCCUCCCUUUACGCUGCUCUUGCUGCACUUGGCUCUUUAGGACUGGAGCCAAAGGUCAUCUCAGCAGGACUGACUCUGUGGGACUUCUUGAUGUUAACAAAGCUAGAGAGGUUGAGAAGAGGAUUUACCCAGCCAUGGCAGAUCAUAACUGUUGGUUCCCCCCCCCCCUCCUGGCACUAUUUCUCCCCCUCUUUUGGAGGGUUAAGGUGGGGAUGUCUAGGAAAUGGGAAAGAAAUUAGUUUGAAAUGCAUCUCACUACUAGUUAGACAUGUUUCCUUUUAGAAAUGCAGACCAAAGGGGUUUUUUGAAACCCUGCUCUAUUUCCCUCCCUUAGAAUAAAAGCAAUAGAAACUUAAUAAAUCCUUUAUCUGUUUACAAGGAUUGGAAAGAGUUGUUCUAGGUAGUACUCUUGAGAGACCUCAGUCGGGACCAAGGAGGGGGCUACUUGUCCAAUACCAGCCACCAGUUCUAUGUUAGCAAUCUCCCUCUGCUCACCAUUCCACUUCCAGUGUGACCCACUUGACCCCUUUGCUCCGGGUGUAUUCUCAAAACCAGGGCUUUAUUGCCAACCACUGUCAGCAUGGCAGGUGUGAAUCCUUGAGACCUGGUUCUCAUUUCUCUCAUUGAAAAGGAUGGACAUGAAACAGUUACAGGAUCAUGCUGUUCUAACAACGACAGAAUGUUCUUUUGGAAACAGAGAGUGGUUUUUGACCAGAGUUGCCUCUUCUUCUCAUCCUGUCCUAACUGUUAAGAUUUUUCAGUAUUUUGAGCCAUGAAUCCACCCCGUGGGAUGGAGAUGGGGUUAGAUUUGAGUAGAGUUUGAGUAGAGUUUGGAGGGGAAAGGACUGUGCCAGCUUCAGAGGAUGCGGCUUGAACCAGAGCUCCUCUUUUAGAAAGACUCUGAAGUUCAGAGCUGCCCUAUGAGUUAGCAGGCUAGUCAACACUGUGUGGAAGGGGAGAUGCUGCUGUGCUGGGCAGUCAGAAGACAAAAGAAGAUGCCCCCUGUGUUAUCAGUUUGCAGUUAUGUUUGUAAGUUUAAAACAGUUGUAUAUUGAGUAUUCAGUUGUUAAUAUUUUUGCGGGGAGAGGGUUGAUGUUGACUAUUGUACUGUGAAUUUUUUUCCCACUGGCUUCCUAUGAAUGUCUUAACAGCCCUCCUUUUCCUAGGCCUUGCUGUGUAAGUGUGUGCGCACACAUGUAUGUCUGAAUGAAUGAGAGCUUGCUUGAUUUUAGAAAUACUCUUAAUGCAUCUGGUUUCUGCCUCCUGUCCUUGUUCAAUGUUCUCUGGGCUACCUUUCCCAAAGCGAACCUUGUCUGUGGUUUGUGACACUCCCUUGACUAAGGACACUCCAAAAGGCAUCUUGCUGGCAUGGUGCCUCAUGAAGCUGAAAGAAGCUCAGACAGGCCCUGCUGCUUUGAAUUUCUGAAGUGUGUUUGUGGAACAGGACUGGUUUGCUGUCUUUAAAAAUACUCCUUUCUGUGACAUGGAGGUGUUUGUGUGCCUCUAAGCAAGGAAGGUCUCAUUGGUCAUUGCUGUUUCAUUGCAUAGAGGGACCCUGGCAUUACUUUCCUUUUUAUUUUUGGUAAGCCAGGCUCUUCUUGAGAAAGCUUUAGCUCUCACAAUGUACAAGAACUUAUCGUUCUUAUCAAUCCCAUUUCUCUUUAACUCCCUCUGGUGUUUAAUCCCCUUUCCUUUGUUCAGAGAGAGAAAAAAGGAUUGUAUGGCUUAUGUAUUGAGGUAUAGCAGUUGUGCAUCCAAAGGAAGUAAGGUAGGCAAAUGUUCAGCUGUGUGUCUUUGGAUUCUAUUAUCCCAUUGGGCUUCUGUGGAAGAAUACAUAAUCCUGAGAACUAGACUAGCAGUUGCAUUUUAGUGUUAACAGGAAAGGCAGAUCAAUGCCUUGCUUGCUUCCAUGGAUUUGGAGAAAUCUCUCAGGAAGGAUUUGGAGGAGAUGGAAGAGAAGUUGCGAGAGCAAAAGGCUUCUUUAAUUAUAAUUCAAGACAUCAGGAAGGAGCAGACUAAACUCAGACUUUUGCAGACUUGCCCUGAUAAGCUGAUGCAUCAGACUUGCCUACUCUACCUGAGGACUGGAACAUCAGAGAGAUCCUUUAAGGCUUAGAAAAAGAAGUGUACAAUGGGCCUUCCCAGAAGAGUUGACUUGCAAAAUGUUUGCCUUGAUCUGUAUAAUUAGAUCUUAAUUCUCUUUCCCAAGCUCCGUUUAGUAAAAGAUGCUCUUGAGAUUCAGAGCCAGAUGGUACACGAUGCUAAAUACAGAGCAGUUGAAGACAUUUCUGUGGAGGCACAAAAGUUUGGAAUGCAGCUUUUAAAAUGUCACAAACACAUCCCUCCUUGACAGCUGUGAAGACAGGUAGGAGACAUUGUACAGUCUUUCCAGUACCUACCUCCCUUAACAGAUGUGGUCACUGAUAUUCAGGGAAAAAAACCUCUUAAAAACAUCUCUCUGCAGAUGUGUGUGCCCUACCUAUAGUAUUUGGCCAUUUAGCACAGAAGUCACAAUGAAGUCACACAUCUCAAAAUGUUGUUCUUUCAUCAAUAAAUAACCCUGCAGGCAAACUAGAAGAAAAGCUAAUGGGAGAGUCAAAAUCCCACGCUUGUAUGAUCCUGGCCAGCUCUGUGGGAAUUUGGAAACUUCUCAGCUAUGACUUGGUGGCUCAUCUCCAGAGCCUGUUGUAUUUAGUGCAUUUGGUCUGUCCAGCUUUCACAGCAGUGGCCCAGUCCUUGGGCAUGGCUCCUGGGCAAGGCAGUCUAAGGUUAUUGCCUCCCCCUUAGUUCCAGCAGCGCUCUCACAGGAGCCUUAUCCCUUGGAGUAAACAAAACGGGCACCACAAGUUUCCAGUGAGAUUUCUCAAUGCUUUGGGUAUACCUUGUCUGCCUACAUUGUUUUUGGUCUGUACAUAAAGAACAAACAUGUCAUAAGUUCUUCACUCUCCAUAGAUUUUACAGCUUGUAUUCAUAAUCAUUUCUCUUGUCUAGGAAUGUAAAAGUGCUCCUAAAGAAGUGUAAUAAAAAUCAAUUAGAUUUAUUGUAUGUAAAAUAAUAAUAAAGCCUCUCCUCCCCCCC